GGCGGCUCGGCGAAGGUCGUCUCCGUGCACUCGAGCCACAUGGAGAAGCUGAAGAGCUGUGGCGUCUCGGGCUUCCGCUUCGACGCAGCCAAGCACAUGCGGCCCGAGCAUAUCGCGCAGUAUGUGGACAAGGCGGAUGUCUACGCCUAUGGCGAGGUGCUCAGCAUCGACCCGGCCAUGCAGCGAGAGUAUACGGACGGUGUGUCGCUGACGACGGGCGAGCAGUUCCCGACCACGGAUUUCCUUCUGGGGGCCUGGCUGCGGAGAUUUCUGGAG